AUGAAUGAUAAAACAGAUAGUAGUAACUCUAGAAUGUCGACGACUAGAGUUGUAGAUCUUCGUCAUCGUCGUCGUCGUUGUCGUUUGUGUCAUAUUCAUGGAGAGACGGAUUUUAACAAAUAUGGAAUAUUACAAGGACAUUUAAAUGUUCCAUUGAAUAACAAAGGGAGGUAUCAAGCUGAACAAGUUGGAAAGAAACUUGAUCAUGAUAUCUCUAGUACUUUGACCAGCAACGUUGAUCUUGUAAUCUCAUCGGAUUUAGACCGUGCCUAUGAUACUGCAGCCAUCAUUGUUGAUAAACUAUCGAUCAAACCAUCCAAACCCAUCGUAACGACACCUCUUCUCAGAGAAAGAUAUCUUGGUAAACUGGAAGGUGUUGAUAUGCGACAAUUGGUCACUUGGGAAGAGCUCCCUGAACAACCAAACAAAAUGUUGGAAUUACAAAAUCUCCUCUCUCAAAAAUCAAAUUUAAUUUCAAUCAUUCAAGAUAAAGAUCAACCCAAACAACAACAACAACAACAAGAAGUAGAAGUAUUACCAACACCACCACCAAUCCAAUUAACUAAUCAAAAUAACAAUAAUAAUAAUGAACAAGCACCAAAACUUUUAAAUUCACAAAUUAGUUAUUAUAAUGCACUCAAGCACCUUCCUCAAAAGGAAUUAAAAAUAGAAUCAAAACAAAAAUUAAUCAAGAGAGCCAAAGAAGCAUUCCAUUUUAUUCUCAAUCAAGUACCUCAAAAAUAUGUAAACAAUAGCACUACUACUAUAUUUGAAUUCAACGAUAUACUCGGCUCUUCAGUGGUACCACCAGGCGAGGCGGCUCCAAUGACACCAUCUCCAUUAUCUUCAUCUACAUCAUCCGAUGAUUCAACGCUUUCAUCUUCAUCUUCAUCUUCAUCUUCAUCUUCAUCUUCAUCUUCAUCUUCAUGGUCGUCAUCAUCAUCAAUCAACAAUGAAAAUCUCAAUCAUCUCAAUCAUUUCAAUGAAUUAAAUAUAAAUAACAACAACAACAACCAGAAUGGUGAAUCAUCUAAAAAUCAUAGUAGUAGUAGUAGUACGACUACUACUAAUGACAAAGAAUUUCAUAUAUUGGUUGUAUCUCAUUCACUGACAUUAAAGACGUUACUCAGUCUUUUGUUGUUAAAGAAACCUUCGUCGACACCUUUUUGCAAUUCAUCCACCAACAAUGAAAGUAUCACACAGUCUGAAGAAUCCUCUCACCAACAUUUCAAGUGGAUUCAAUUGGAACUAAAGAAUGCUUCACUUUUGCGCACUAGUUUCUCUGUGAUUGAAAAGAAAACAAAGGAUCAAAAGAAAAGAGCUCCUCGCGAUGUCUACUUUUAUCCCAUUGUUUCAUUAGAAGUUGCAACCCCAAAGUCUUCUUCUCCUCUUUCCAUGUCACCUAUACAAACUCAUCAUCAUCAUCAUCAUCAACAUCGUCAAGGACAACAAUCAACAACCACCGCCACCAAUCCCUAA